ACAAAGAGAUGAAAAGACGUGUGGAGCGACGAGGAGGUCCGACCUCACGUUAAUAAGUGAAACUGACAGAAAUGUCCCGCGCUGUUUUCCGUUGCCAAACCUCUGAACGUAGCUCUUUUAAUGCCUACAGUCACGUGGUCCGUGUGUCGUCCUCUUCUGCGCCGACGGCAGAAUUCGCUCCACCAACCAGUGAACUCCGCUGAGUGACUUUUCAGGAAAACUGCUUAAAGUUUGUACUCCGUUUGGCAGGAAACCACACAACGAAGCAGCACAUGCAGCCGUGCAAAGCAGAAUAAAGCAACGAAACAUGAGCGGGAGAUGAAAAGCAGAUUACGUUAUCACUAACUAAUAAUUAUCACUGCUGUCAAUAUUAAAAACAUGUUAGCAGAAAUAGUUUGAAAGGCCAGAUGGUAAAACUAAACACAGCUGUUAAAUGUUAAUAUACUUUGUUCAUAAAUACUCGUAAAUAUUUGGCGUAGUCCUUUACUCACUCAUCACUCUCUCUCUCUCUCUCUGUUCACAGCAGACAGCCAAUCAUCUGCGGCGUCUCACGCCUCCUGUUUUCCUCUCACCUCGUCUCAACGCCAAUCAGACUGCUCAGACCGUGCGCAUGGCAAGCUGCCACGGGCGCCGCUGACAGCAGGAGACAUGGCGGAGGGCAGGAGCGCACACGCGCACACACACACACACACACACACACACCUCUGCAUUACCAAACCCAGCGCCUCGUGUACCUCCUGCCACCACCCUCCCCUUCCCUCUCACUUCAGUGUGUCGCGAGAACGACGCACGUAUCCGUUCAUAACCUCCGCCAUUAUUCAUCUCCCCUCCUCCUCCUCCUCCUCCUCCUCCUCCCCCUCCCCCUCCUCCUCCCCCUCCUCCUCCUCCUCUCCUUUCUUCCCAUGGUGCUGUCUUUUUUCUUUCCUGAAGCUCGUCUUUUUUCCCGCCCCUGCAGGGUCGACACAGAGCUGCUUCCUCCUCGCCUCGACCUGACUAAUUUAACGCCUCUGUCUCCCUCUCUCCCCGCCUUGCACUCACUCGUGCCAAGCCCAGAGCAAAGCGAGUCUCCCACGCAGAACUGACCGACUGCUCGCCGCCUUCCUUCCUGAGCGAGCGUGUGCGUAAGUGUGUGUGAGGUCAUGUCAGGCAUGACGAGCGGCGUGUGCGUGGAGAGCGAUCUCUCCUCGAUGCUCCAGAGAAGCUCCGCCCCCUCACACCAUCACCCGAAUCACCAUGGCUACAGCGGUCAGGGGCAGGUGUCGAGCCUGGCACCGAUGCUGGACUACACCACAGAGAUGGACCGUUACCGUUCGUCCAUCGCCAGCUUCUAUAAGACCAACGUCAACAUGAACAUGAAUGUCACGAACUUCCCCCAGUCUGCUAAACUGGCGGCCCGUUUGGCAGCCGCCGCCCCGAUAUUCCCUCCUGCUGCCGCCAGGCUGGGUGCCAUGGCGACAGCGCCCUGGGGUUGCCAUGACAAUAUGAACAUGAACAUGAACCACCCGGCGGCAAUGUUCUGGGGCCGACCCAAACCCGUGGCGACCGCCCCGACACAUCACCAUCACCAUCAUCAUCAUCACCCCUCGGCCUCAUCGGGGCACAUGAGCUCCCCGCACCCCCACAGUACCAGCAUGCACCAGGGCGGUGGCGGGUCAGCAGGGGCAGGAGGAGGAAGUGGAGGAAGCAGUGAGGGGGGAGGAGCUGAAAAACACGCGCACACGGCCUCCUCGCUUCCUGUCACACAGGGAACCCCACAUCAUCACCCCAUGGCGCCAAGUAAUGGGAAUUUCCUUCCUGGUUAUGGAGGCGGGGCGGACUGCGGCGUCAUAAACAAACAGGGACACGCCCACCCAGACAUGAUGGGCCUAUCGGAGGGUGGGAGCUGCAAUGGGGGAGGGGUGAUGGGCAGUAGCUUCCUGGGUGGGCUGGGAUUACCCCCUGGAGUCAUUGUCAUGGCGAUGGGGUCAGCAGGGGGCGGGAUCUCAGAUGCCGGCAGCGCCUUCCAGAUGACAGGCGGCCAGCGGGCGCUAACGGACUGCCAGCAGCACGCCAACUCCUCUCCCUGCCCCUCCUCCUCCUCGCCUUCAUCGUCGGGAGCGACGGCAGGGGGUGUGGCCCUGUCGUCGUCGUCGUCUUCAUCGUCGGGGGCAGUGGCCAAGAGGAAGAGGAAGCGGUGCGGCGUGUGCGGGCCGUGCAGACGGCUGAUCAACUGCGGUGUCUGCUCGUCCUGCCGGAACAGGAAGACGGGUCACCAGAUCUGCAAGUUCAGGAAGUGCGAAGAGCUGAAAAAGAAACCGGGGGGUGGAGGGGGGGCGCUGGAGCGGCCGCCCUCCGUCUCAACCGGCGAGGCAUUUCGUUGGUUCUUCUAGCCUUCCCUCCUGCAGCUUCACGCCCAACAGGAAGUCACCGUCGCUAAGAGACUACAAAUCAGGCUUGGAACAUUUCAAAAAUGAACUCCAACUUUUGGAGUUAAGCCGGAUGCUUUGCAACAGGACUGCAGUUUCAUGCUGUGUGGACUACAAUUCGAGACUACAAAUCCCACCUCAUCUGGAACAGGGAAGCCGCCAGGAGGACGGAGGAAGAGGAGGCAGCUUGGUCACGGGCAACAAUAAUCACUGGCCAAUCAUAAUUUGGUGUGAUGAUGCCACGGUUGCACGUUUUCUUGAAUUUGGUUUUCAGGUAAAUUUAAACCUCAGCUCUUGUUUAGAUGCACACAGGUUGGCUAUAUGCUAACAUAGCCAGGGCUUUAUGCUACCGCUAAGUGGCAACAAAAGCCUUACAGCCUCACAGCAGGUUACAAUUAUCAGUUGACCAAUCAGAGGUUAGUGAGAGGGACUGAGAACAGAUGCAGUUACCACCUAGUUAACUUGAGAAAAACAAUGACAGAAAACAUUAACAUCUUUACAUUUUGUCCAUGAAAUCGAGGAGGAUUUUGCUCCUCUGCUAGCUUGACUAGGUCAUCCGCGGCAGAUCCAACAUGUUGGGAAAACGGGUCGCCAAACCAAACCCGAUGUCUCCUGGUGAAUAUCAGGUGCUCUGAACUGAUCCACUUGUCUUUUGGUGUUUUAUGGAAAGCUGGUCACUUCACAUGGUGCCAAAGUCAGGAUCGGACAGGCGGGUCUUUGCCCGUUUGUCACAUUUGGGAAGGCGGGUUUGGGUCUUGCGGGUGAGCUCUGUGCUGGUCAUGUGACUGUUCUAGUCGGCAGGACGUACUGGUGUUCGCGACAGAAGAAACGACCAAAUGGAAUUACAUCCCUGCUUGUUCCGGUUCCACGCUACCACAUGAAUACUUUCGUGUCGACGAGUCAGAACAUUAAAUUAUGAUUAGCUGUCUGCCUUGUCAUCAGGAUCAGGUUCAGAGGCUGAUCCCGCCAUAUUUUAAAAGAUUAUGCUGGUUAAAAUAAACUCAACUCAAACAAAUUUUUGAUUUUUUUUCUAAUGUGUUUGAACUCUGUGAGAGGUUCUCUCUGCAGUGCAAGGAUUUCCUUUGUGUAUGCAAGUGACCGCUGGAGUAAAUGUGAAUGUAUUUGUACACACCAGUACUGGCAAGGGACAAAAUAUGGAUCCAGUAAACGUAUCACAGAGCAGUAAAAGACAUUUGCUGGGUGAAAUAACAAAUCAGCUGUCUCUAAUUAGCGUUAAAUCAGCUUCAUAGGUGGAGGACACCUUGAAACGUGGUCAAAGUGCAAACCAUCUGUACUCAGCCAAAGAUCUUUUAGUGCAGGAAAAUGCUCCACUCCGGCCAAUCAAUGAUGUCAAAUCCAGGAGUCCUGUUUUCCCAGUUUGACUUUAAUCAUGUCACUAACUUAAGCCCUGAGACACAUUUUUGGUUACUGUUCUCUUCAACAUCCAAGUAGGAAGCUGAUCAUGGGUUAUGAAGUUUCAUGAAGUUAGGGUUCAUGAAGUUUGGACUCCUUCAACUUGGCACUUGACAAAAACAGACAUUUCUACAGAAUUGUGCACAGUGCUCACCGUCAUAAACAUAAGAACAUAUCCACCUGCACUGUCCAUCCCACCUGAGCAUGUGUCUGUGACCAAACUGUCUCCUUCCUCUUCUUCCUCCUCCACCUCCUAGCAAACCACAGACCCCAUUGUAGCAAAACCAGGAAGCUUCAGGCCUCACGCGGACCUCUGACGGCACCACAGGAACAUUUACAGUUUGACCAAAAUCGGACGACAAGUUAACCUCAAAGGAAAAACCUUACCCCAGAGGACGUACAAACUGACCUCAGCAGGAAGUGAUCCAGGACUGUUAUUAAGGACUACAACUUGCCCACAGUAGGACUACAGUUACCACAUCACUGUUAUCCGUCUCUUCUGUCUACCUCCUCCUGAAGAACUUAAAAGGCACCUUGAUUGAUUUUUACUGGGCUGCGUUCAUGCUGGACUGACCUGCUUCUCAACUCUCUCGGUGGUCCAGAGCUGAUCUGCUUCUUGUGGAAUCUGGUGUUCUGAGUUUUCUAUUUGCUAGUUUAACGUCAGUAUUUUGUAAAAGAUUGUCUGGAUUUCAAUGGAAAGUUCUCAGGGUGCAGUCAUACUUCCAGCUGGUUUUAAAUGACCAGAGCAGACUGGAACAACUGACUUUGUUGUAUUUUUGUAUUUGCGUAAAAAGGUGGCAGCAGAAGGUUUGUAACUUCUGUCUUCAGCAAGAACAACGUGCGAUUAAAAAGAGACACACUGUGGGUGGAGUUUCACUGGGCUCUGAAUUGGCACCUCCAGUCUCAAGCAUUCAGAUUUCUGUAUGUACGUAUCUGUAGUCUGUGCUGGUCAAACCCUCACCAGGACCUCAAAGAGAGUUCAGAACCAGUCUCUCUGUUCUCGUAUCGAUGCAGAUCAUAUACCACCUGGAGACCACCAGGAGAACCCGUCUCCAGCUUAAAUGAACUCACGGGGAACCUUUGGAUGUUCUGGGAAGCUCUGGUGUUCUGUGCUGAACCCCGGGACUGACAGGGACUGAAGUGAAAGAGAUCAGAACAUUCCACACCGGCAACAUGUCCAGCACGUCUGUCGGCCCAGCUCUGGGACGCCAUGCCCGUCAAACACACGCAAAGACGUCAGGGCUGCGACUAGCAGUUAUUUCAGGAUAAAUCGGUUCCUCGUCGUGCUAACAGUCGUUAAGUAAAUUCCUUUCACCUCCAGAGUCCAGAGUGGACCAAGAUGGACAAUAAAAUCUGGUAGGGACAUUCACGAUCCCCAGAGAGCCAAUCUUACCGAGUUUGGACCUACCAGCAGGUCCAAACUCGGCCCAGAAUGAAUCCCAGUCAGUUAGCAUGUUCGUGUCAGAGUCUGCGCUCACGGACGUGUUGGACACAUUUUACACGUUUUAUUUGUUUGUUCACUUUACACCCCCUGCCUCAUCGUGGGAACCAAAACCAAACGUCUCCUUCUUCGUCAGGGUGGGGGUGAGAGUACGAGGGAGCGAGAGGGAGGAAGGGGACGUUUGUUUUGAGUGUCUGUCCUCCUCCUCCUCACCUAUUUUGUCUCCGUGACCUCCUCAUGUGCUGAAUUGUAAUAAAGCAUUUCAAAGAUUA